UGACGGACAAAUGUGCGACCACAAGUCAUACUUUUCUCCAGUUGUAGCUGGAAAGAAACUGAAGUAGUAGUUCGUUGUGGAAAUAUAAGGGCUAUGUGAGCGACCUUUAUGAUUAUAUUAUUAUAAUUACAGUGUUCUUUAGAGCCAACGACAGGGUGAUAUUUAGAUUUACUUAACUUGACAUUGUUACUUCUAGGUUAUUGAGACAUUUAUCUAGAGAUUGAAGCAUGGGAUAAUUUCUGUUUUAUAGCUGGUUGGAAUAAGAAGCCUAGUGAUAAAUUAUUUACAGAAAUUUCUCACAAGGUCAGUGGUUAAAUAUCCUAUCAUGGGUUCUACUUUCAUAGUAAAAGUUAGAGUAUGUUUAAAGCCUUUACAGUUUUUCCUUCACUAUGAACGUCCAGCUUUGUUCAUGCACAAGACUUCUCUUGGCCAAUCACCACAGAUGCCCAGUUCAUUACGGUUUCUUUGCACAAGAGACAUUAACCUAAGUCUUUUUGGCAAAAAGACAGACAGAAGGAACAGUCAGCAGACUGAUGGACCAGGCUCCAUCCCACGGCGCAAAGAGGAGUUAUGGAACAAUGCCAUGGAUAAAAAAAGUAAAAGAUUUAAUUUUCAGCAGAAGCCUGUUUUUCCCAAGUCUGUGUUUGCUGCCGGGACAGCAAAGAGGACAGCAGAUUUUUUUAAGAUGAAGGCAUCGCAAGCCUCCGAGGAUGGCAAGGAGCAUGAGGAAGAGUCUGAACCUCGUACAACUAGAGGAGCAGGAAAGAUUCAACCUCCAGAUGGGCCUCUCCCUCCUUCUCAAUGGAGGAAGCUAAAGGAGUCUCUGGGAAAUUCACAGCGUUUUGAAAUCCAGAUGAUGAGCGCAAUCUUCACCUCGGGGGCAGACCUGAAAAUUGCAAAGUCCCUGCUCACUUUUGUAACCAUGGAAACAGGUACAUUGUCGUAUGAGCUGCUGCUACGCUAUCUGGCGCUGUGUGUGAGUGGUGGCCAUGACGCUGAGGUGGUUGAUCUGUACAGCAUCAUGCGGGGAAGUUUCCCUUCUCUGGACACGGGAGCCUCCAGUCUUUUUAUAAAGUCCUUCAGUCGGACAGUGCAGUGGAAGGAGGCGCUCGGCAUCCUGCAAGAAGUCAAGAAGGUUUUUACUCCAUCACCACGCAACUAUGGCAAUGUCAUUGCAGCAGCUAUGCAACACGGCGAUACGACCACUGCUUGGGCUCUUUAUGAUGAACUGAUCACAAAGGGACUCACCCCACAUCAAGAGACCUGGGAUGCUCUGUUUACAGGAGCAAAGAAGACUAAGGGGGAUGAAGGAGAGCUGGCUAUUUAUGAGGCUGAAGAGCAGGAGAAGCUUCUGGGAAUUCUGUGGUACAUGAGGAACAACCAGAUCUACCCUAAAUACAGUGUGGCCAAUAGCAUCAAGAGCUGGUUUGAGAGUCUCACAGGACAAAAAUGGACAGGAAGCUGGGCCAGCGCCGCCCCAAAGGGAGUGUGUAAUUGUUGUGGGUCAAAACUGGAGUCCAUUCACCUGAGUCAGGAGGAGUAUCAAAAGCUGAAAGACAAAGUGAUGGCUGACAUCAUUCAGGGGCAAGAUGUCUUUAACAAGACCACUCCAGAGGAGUUGGAGCGGUUUAAAGGGUUUGUGAAGAGGAAGCCAGCUUUUGAUGUGGUCGUAGAUGGGCUGAAUGUAGCAAACAUUAACAAAGAUAAAAGCAAGCUAUCAGAGACGUUGUUGGCGGUGGUGUCAGAGCUCGAGUAUCAGGGCCUGACUGUUCUGGUACUGGGGAGGAAACACAUGCUACGGCCCUCCAGAUCCUGGGACAGACUGAACAUGAACCUUAUCCAGCAGAAAGCCCAUUGCUUCUUUACUGAUAACAUAUCUGAGGAUGACCCUUUCCUGCUGUAUGCCACUUUGCAUUCUGGGAACCACUGCCGGUUUGUGAGCAGGGACUUGAUGCGGGACCACAAGGCCUGUCUGCCAGACGGAGCCACCAGGCGUCUCUUCUUCAAGUGGCAGAGGGGCCAUCAGCUAGUGGUAAAUGGGUACAUCACAGCAAACAAGAGGGUCAGAUUUCAGAGUAUUCCCUGCUAUGACACCAUUGUCCAGACGACAGGAGACUCAUGGCACAUACCCUAUGAUGAUACAGACGACAGGAGCACCUAUGAAGUGCCACAGCGUUGGUUGUGUCUCACAAAAAGUCACUGAAGACACAAAGUUUUACAUGUGAGAAUGAAAUGGAUGUAACAGUGAAUGUGUGAAUAAAACUUAAAAAACACAUG